AAAUCCCCAAGAAUAUGUGAAUACAACAAUAUUACGGGAUUCAUAAACACUGUUCAACCCAUCAAAUAUCUUUAUUUUUAGAGUGAGAAUUUAUCGGAAAUUGGACGUUGAAGAAUGAAAGGCGCGCUCUACAGUUUUCAAGGUGAAUUUGGAACAAAAGCCCUUCUUGCUAAGUCCUAGGGUUUAAUUCAUUAGUUGACGUACGCAACUGCUGUCUGUACAUCUGUAGCAGAUUCGGAUGAUCCACAUCGAAUGAUUCUUCUGGAGAAGCCGUCGCAGAUCUAUAACGUCCUUUUGACGUUAGUUAAAUAGAAUUUAUUAUAGACUUUUACAGCAUGUAUUUCUAAGAAAGUUUAUGAGAUUAAGUGAAUGGCUGCACAUUAUAGGACAGAUAUUUGACUUUAGGUAUUAGUCUAUGCCAUGUCAGAAUUUCCAAACGGUAUUGCUAACGUCAAGUCGACUGCUUGAAUAUCUUAUGGCCAACAAAUUUUACAGUCUACCGGCUUUGAAAAAGCUGGUUUUUCAUAAUUUUUCUGUGGCCUCGUAACUACCUAAAAUUACGCUACAGGCGGCUUUCUGCACUAAAGAUGGUGGUUGCAUUGCAUUGCAAAAAUUUCUGAACAAAGCAAUUUACAAUAAAAUAUCUCAUGUCAUAGAGUGUAAUGCUUAUAUUCCUCAAAACUGUCUGCGAUUUAUAGUUUUUCACUUAUCAUCCUUUAAGGAUAAUAAUGUUCUAAUUAUUCUAAAUUAUAGCUUCAGAUAAUCGAGUAAGGAAUUUUUAAACGUUUUAUCAUGGUUCUCUCGUUGUCUGGUCCGUUAUUCAGUACAGUCAAACGCGAAAUACAUACUUCCCAGUGUGCUUUCUUGUUUCUUAUCUUGUCUGCAAAAUUCACAUGAAUCUUGGUACAAAGAGACACCGAAUACAUAUGCGUCACACCAGUCACUUGAUUAGUGUGUGGGCUCUUUUAUAUGUGAGGCUUUACUUUGUUGUGUCUGCUUGUGUCAUAAUCUAGUUUAGAUUUGGUAACCACAAUUAUCAUUUACCCGGUAGGAAAAUCACUAAAAAAUACUUGAAACACAUAUUUUACCCAUCUAAUGAGUAGUGAAGUCCCCAAUUACUUCUUAAAAUUCACUCUAACUGGUCAUACAAAAGCAGUCUCAUCAGUAAAAUUUAGUGAAAAUGGUCAGUGGUUGGCAAGUUCAUCAGCUGAUAAAUUAAUCAAAGUAUGGAAUGCUUAUGACGGGAAAUUUGAAAAAUCUAUCAGCGGUCAUAAACUGGGAAUCUCAGAUGUUUCAUGGUCUUACGACUCAAGAUUUCUGUGUAGUUCCUCCGAUGAUAAAACUUUAAAACUGUGGGAUCUCGUCUCUGGCAAGUGCCUGAAAACUCUUAAAGGUCACAGUAACUAUGUUUUUUGCUGCAAUUUUAAUCCACAGUCAAACCUGAUCGUUUCCGGCUCGUUUGAUGAAAGUGUCAAGUUAUGGGAUGUGAAAACAGGCCGGUGUAUCCGCACGCUUCCUGCCCACUCUGAUCCUGUUACAGCUGUUAAUUUCAAUCGUGAUGGUUCACUUAUUGCUUCCAGCAGUUAUGAUGGACUAUGUCGAAUCUGGGAUACCGGUUCUGGUCAGUGUUUAAAAACAUUAAUAGAUGAUGAUAACCCUCCUGUUUCAUUUGUUAAAUUCUCGCCUAAUGGCAAAUAUAUUCUAGCUGCUACACUCGAUAGUUGUCUCAAAUUGUGGGAUUACACUAAGGGUAGAUGCUUGAAAAUUUAUGGAGGGCACAAAAAUGAGAAGUAUUGUAUAUUUGCAAAUUUUUCAGUUACCGGAGGCAAAUGGAUUGUCUCGGGGUCUGAAGACAACUGUAUUUAUUUAUGGAAUUUGCAAACAAAGGAAAUUGUACAAAAACUUUCUGGUCAUAAUGAUGUUGUUUUGUGUACUGCUUGUCAUCCUCAAAUGAACAUGAUUGCUUCAGGAUCGUUAGAGGGCGAUAAAACGAUUAAAAUUUGGACUAGUGAUAAGUGAUUGCUUCUGGCUUAUUGUACUUCUGGAUCCUUGUAUACUAUUAUCUCCAAUGCUCUUUGACUGUAUAUGUUGUAUCAUCUGUUUUUCAUAUCACAGGUUAUUCAUAUGAACCACAAGUUUAUCGAUUCAUCCUACGUAAAUUAUUCAUUAUUGACAUUUUUUGUUGCAAAAAGGAACAAUCUAUGUCUUAUUGUAAAUUACCCGACUAAGAUUGUUCGUUUAAGUGUUUCUUUAUCGAUCCUUGUAAAGUGAACUUAUUAUGAAUCCACGCCUUAUUAGUAAGAUACAGAUACGGUUAAUAAUUAAUGAAUGGUAGAUUGAUGUAGUCAAUUAAAAAAACUGCUCACAAAAUCACAUUUAAAAUCUUAACUGAUUAGUCUACUAGGAGGGAAACUAAACGAUUAUCAAUGUAAAAUAUACUUUUUGAUCAUUGAGUGCAUGAAAGAAUGAAUUGGCUGUCUAAAAAAUCUCACUGAUAAAUUUCUUAAACCACAAUAUUGUGGCGACUUUUUAAUCACUGAACAUAUCCCAGAAACCUGUGUGACAUAAGUAGACUGUAUAAUCUGAAAUAAUGGAUUUUUCAGAGGACUAAGGUGAUUGGAAAUCUGGACUAAAAAACGACGACCUACACCAUUUUUGUUGAGUGAAUAGAUAAACGGUAAACAUUGCAAGGUUUUCUUCGGCGUUAGGAUAUAACAGCCUAGUUGUGGAAUUGUCGUUAUUGGCGUGGAACAAAACACAAUUGUAGCACCAUAUUCGGUUACAGCGAUUAACGUUAACACACUUUAAACUUCGGGAUGAAUGUAUCAUAAGUAUCUGGAGGCGUCAGUUACCAAGAUUUUUGAAUAUUCUUGUUUAUAUAUUUUAAGUGGAUUUUCAGGUGGGUGUAUUUGAUAUCCAGUGAUUCUGACUGAAAAAUAAACUUUGUCAGUCCAUAUUUCAGCCAAAGCACACUUUAUAUAGAAAGUAAUUACCUACAAACGCAAUUCUAAGUUAAUUUCCUGGUUGUCGAGCACAGUGUUAGCUUGGCCAAAGUUAGAAUAGGUAAGCUAUUUGGCUUAGUUAACUUUCCAUUUUAGGACGCAAAUUAACACGGUUAGUAUACGAAAAACAAAUUAAUAGACUAUUAAACAGAAAAAGAGUGACAUAAGUAACAUACUGAAUAGUAAUCAGAAGAGAGGGGAAGUGAGUCAAGAAAACCUACUACCCAUUUGUAUUGGUUGUUUGAAUCUUCCCACUUAAUUUAAGGACUGCGAUUGAUUAGUCUCUGCCUGGCAUAUGUGCGGAUUGUCUUAAGUUACAAGCAUUGUAAGUAGAAGUGGCUAGCCGUGAAGUACAGGGAGUGAGUCACGAAUGGGACAAAACCUCACCUCAUUGCACAAGCUAGUGGGUAUCUGGACUCAGUAUCUAAGUAGAUAACGCAAAGGCGUCUGAAAAUGGCACUGGGUUCGAGUCUUGUAGUGGACGUUAACUCUGGGAUGGAGAAACAUCCAGCUGGCGAGUCCCAAACAGGACGAAGCGCGCGUCCUGGAUCCCUUUGCUAAAAAUUAAUAUCAUUUAUGGCAAACGAGAGGUUGUAAUUAGUUAGUAAACAAGGCAGGUCCCCAAAUGCCCUGGUACAACUGAGGGUAGGGAGAGUCAGCUCUCCCUCUCGAAACGAUCUCACAUGUCCACCCGUACACAACCACUUUCAGAGAAAUCCUACUCACUGCCUCCUCGUGACAUUACUGUUGUUUAGUACUUUGACAGGACGGAAAGCGAAUGUCCGGCCCUUUAACCGGGUUGGUGGACACGGAGAGUCCACCUAGGGGAGUUUGAAAACCCUGAUUCCAAACCCAUGGUGCACAUGGGCUCCAGUAUCCCGAAGGGACAAGUAGAGUAUGAACCUAUUGUUGGUCACCGGCCACCAUGAGACUGCAUCUCUUAUCGUCGUUCCACUGCCUUGUGGAUUAGACCUUUAGAUCGAAGGUUCCGGGUGUGGUCCCCUAAGAAAAUCACCUGCUUCGGUUUGGGCAUCCGGGCAGUAUCAUGGAUCAUACACAAAUCAAGUGACUUGUGUGGCGCAUAUAUAUUCGAUGCCCCUUUGUACCAAUAUUUAUGUGUUCAAAUAAAUCAAUAAAUAAAUAUACGUUUAAGAUCAAAGAAAGUCAAGGUGGUGGUGGGCUUUUGACACUGACAUUGGUGGGUUCGUGUAUCGAUCAUGCCUUACACUUAGUUUGGAAUUAAUAUGUUCACUAUUGAAAAGCAACAGAAAAUCAUUUUCCUAGGGAAAUGACAAGUAUCCGAAGAUAACUAACAAUCCUACUAAAUUAGGUUACAGUGUGAGGGUUCACCAUGUUUAUGAAAAUAAACAAUUUAAGACUUCAAGAUUGCCAGUGGGUUCUAUCUUGAGUCAGUGAGCAGUACAACCUUAAUAGCUCUAUUCUGUUUGUGACGAAUUAUAGGACAAUAAACCUAUGAAGAUUAUUUUGCAAUUUACGAAACCAUAUAAUAAUUUGACUUCUUCCGGUCAUUUUCCGUGUUGUUUGAGCGUCAAAAGACCGAAGAUAAUGUUCCAAAAUGUAACACUUGGUGGGUUAUCUCCAGAGUCCACGCUCUUGGGCCUCACUACACUGUUGGUUCAGAAUGAAUGCAGUUCUUCAGACAAUCUUUAGAAUUCUAGAUUUCACAAUAACUAAGUAGAACUGCACCCACUAAAACGUCUCAUAAGCUACAAGAAUUAGCAUACAUCACUCUGGUCUUUGCUACACAUGGACUGAUAUCACUUGACAGCAUCAUUCAUUUAACUACCCAAAUACACGGCUCUUCUAUUAUUCCCGUCAGUUAAUCACAAAGGAUAUAAGCAGACACAAGUCUCAGAUAAUAAGACGCCAUCGGUUUGCUGCGUGUUUUUAUGGAAUUUGCUUAGCCUUCCGACCAAGAUAUUGCAAUCAUGCUAAAAAGUAUCGGAAUUCCUUCCAAAUGUUUAUUACGUCAUCUGUUUUGAUAUCUACGACCAAGAAAAAACAGGAUAUCCUGGCCAAAGUAGCUAAAUUAGACCCAUUUCUAAAGUGAUCUACUUAGCACAGCACAUUCUCAAAAUCCGACGACAUAUUUCUCUAGAGUAGUAAGUUGUAAAACAUCAAAGAAAUGUAUCAAUAAGAGUCCAGUUAUAAGGUCAGUCAGUCAGCUACAACGUAGGACCAGGCACAUAUAUGCAUUGGUCCAAGUUGCCAUACUUCAUUAACAUAACAAGAUGGACGCCGGAUUCAUAAAAGCAGCUAAUUCAGAGGUGGUAAUAUAUGAAAGAAAGAUUGCAUAUAAGGAUAUAGUACAGGAAGAAAGAAUUAGUUAGUAGAAAGAAAGAUAUGAAGCGAUUUUAAUCUCUUAGUUUAAGGAAAGACAGAGAGUGCAUACACCGACGCCAUUGUGAUCGAUUCUGAGCCAUGUCACCAAGUCUCCAACCAUUGGUUACGAUAGUCACACGGACCCCAACCAAGUAGUCUGCAUCUCCCAACAUUGUUCAGACCAACAGUUAGCGUCUUCAAGCACUGAUGCCAUGUUUUAGUUUGGCCGCCCCGAACUUGCUUCCAACCAUCCCCAACACCUGUUAGCAUUGCACGCCGUGGUAAUCGGUGUUCAGGCAUACGCAACACGUGGCCCAAUCAUCUCAGUCGAUGGAGAUUCACAACCUCAUCAACUGUGAUUUACCAUCAUUCCCUAAUACCCUACGUCUAACCUCACUAUUACUUACCCGGUGAUCCCAAUAGAUGCGAGCAAUAUUUCUAAGGCAUCUGUGGUCAAAUACUAAUAGCUUAAGAGUAUCUUCGACUCUUAAUGGCCAUGUUUCGCUGCCGUAAAUUAAAACAGAACGAACUGCCACGCAGUAUACUCGUCCUUUUAUUGAUAGAUGGAUACUUCGCCUUCGCCAUAGGUGACGUAAGUUGGCAAAAGCCAAACGAGCUUUUCGAAUCCGUGCUGAGAUUUCGUCAGACACCAACCCAU